AUGAACUUUCCGAUCCAUGCCUCGUCCGACUCAAACACUCCGAACGUCGAGACCAGCAGUCCCUACCUUCACCCGCUCCAGAACCACAAAGUCAGAGAGACACAUAAAGCCUUGAUUGACUCCGACAGCAUUACCGGCCGCAAGCUCAUCAACCAGUAUGAAGUCAUCGAAGAAAUUGGCAGAGGUGUGCACGGAAAGGUCAAACUUGCCCGAAAUCUCGAGACGGGCGAAAAUGUGGCUAUCAAGAUCAUUCCACGGUACUCUAAGAGACGACGACUCGGCAAGGUCAUGGCCAUGUCCCCGCAGGAAAAGACGAUGAGAGAGAUCGCCAUCCUCAAGAAGAUGAGGCAUCCCAACGUCGUCUCGCUGCUGGAGAUUAUCGACGAUCCGGAAUUGAAAAAGAUCUACCUGAUUCUCGAACACGUGGAGCUAGGCGAGGUUGUCUGGAGAAAAAAGGGAUUACCGCACAUCUGCCACCACGAGCGUCGUCGCAUCGAGAGAGAAAGCAGAGGUCAGCCGCUGACCCCAGAGGAGGAGCAUUACGAAAAGAUAAUGGAGGAGAGGUACAAGAUCCGGGAGCAAAAGCGGGAAAAGAUGUCUCGAGCCAACAUGAACACCCAUGAGUUUUGGAGUAUCGAGCACGGUAUUUCUGACGACGCGAGUUGCGGAUCGCAAUCCCGCGUCCCCUCAAGGGACGAUCUAGGAGCAUUGGACUUUUUCGGAGGCGAAGGAUCACAACCCAAUUCGCUGCAGGCAUCCCGGGCUACAUCUCGAGCGCCAUCGCGGUCUCAGUCUGUGAAGUCAAUUCGCGACACCGUUUUUGACCAGGAAGCCAUCGACGACACUGAGGACAUCGAGACGCCAGGCCCGCUACAGACCAGCAACCCAGGCUCAGCUACCGCACUCGAUGGCACUAUGUAUGGCGCUUACAUGGAAGACGCGGCCUUUCGAGGUCGUUCACCCAGCAUGGCCGAUUCCAUCAUUUCGCACAUGUCCUCGGUCGACUGGAACACUCGGAUGCACGACCCUUUCGCUGAAGACUUUUCCUACGUUCCUUGCUUUACCAUCGACCAGGCAAGAACGACUUUCCGAGACACUGUCUUAGGCCUGGAGUACCUGCAUUACCAAGGUGUCGUACACAGGGAUAUCAAGCCUGCUAAUCUACUGUGGACCAAAGAUCACCGCGUCAAGAUCUCCGACUUCGGUGUUUCGUACUUUGGCCGUCCUAUCCGAGAAGGCGAGGCCGACGAUGAGACGGUCUCAGAAUCUGAAGCACAAGAUUUCGACGAUGAUCUUGAGCUGGCCAAGACAGUUGGCACCCCGGCAUUCUUUGCACCUGAACUGUGCUACACCGACGCGGACCGCAUGGAACAACCGAAAAUUUCCGAAAUGAUCGAUAUUUGGUCACUUGGCGUAACCCUCUACUGCCUCAUCUACGGACGUAUUCCUUUCCAGGCCGAAGAUGAGUGGCAGAUGUUUCGAAAAAUUGCCACUGAGGAUGUCUUCAUUCCCCAAAAACGCCUCAGGGCAGUGGAUCCUUCUACCCCUCCUAACUCUGAAUCUCUCUUUAAGCGGCAUAACGGACCUCCCUACAGGGACGACAACGAACUUGCCUACGAGAACAUCGACCCCAUUUUGCAGGACCUUCUGCGAAACAUGUUUACUAAAAACCCGGACAAGCGAAUUCGUCUGAAGGAUAUCAAGACCCAUGCCUGGGUUGCGAAAGGAAUUCCAGAUGUGGAAGCGUGGUUGGCUGAGACUGACCCAGCCAAGACUUCGGGCAGGCGAGUCCAGGUUAACGACAAGGAGGCGGCCCGCGCUGUCGUGCCUAUUGCCUUCUUGGAACGCGCACGAUCUACCGUGAAAAAAGCAGUUGGGAAGUUGAUGCACCCUUUAGGGGAUCGAAGCGAUAGCCGGUCAAGGCGGAGAGCUGCCAGCAGUGCUGCCAGCUCGGCUGGAGACAGCAUGUUCAAUGUACCGCCCACGCCACACUCGAGAGAAGCACGCAGAAAGAGUCUCAAGAGCGAAGACUAUUUUUCCAACGUCAAAGACUUUGCUUUUGGCGGCUCCGACCAUCCUCUUGUCCACAGCGAGACAGUCUCUCCCUAUGAGUCUCCCUACGACCCUCUCGCUACGGCUAUCGCUCAACCCGUCAAGGGCCAAGGAGCUGCCCUUUUACAUGCCAUUCAGAACAGCUACAGCGACUCGAGGACGAACAGUGGCACGGCAUCGCCUUCAGAUCAGUCAACAAUUCCUGGGACAGCGUCAUUUUACAAGCCUUUCCAGAGAUACUCGCAAAGCCCAUCGAAUGGCAAUAGCUUUUUGACGCUUACAGCUGGAUUACCCGAGGUCAGGACACAACCUCCUACACCUUUUUCCGGUGACUCCACACUGGACGAUCCGUCUAAGGAAAUGCGACAAACACGUGGAUACGACGCCUUGACAGAGGAAGCUCUCCGUGCACGCUCAGCAGAGCGUGGCGUGUUCAGAGACCAAGAUAAGCGCGCCCCUGCACAAGUGAGCGUCACCACGGCGAGUGUACCUGGUACCCUUCAUAGGAUGCCUAGCCUUCCUGGCAAGCCUCGAGCUAUGCGAUCGGUGGACUUGGGUAAGGCGAAGCAGGCCACCAGCGCCUUAGCUUCACCACUGUUCUUUUCGUCUCGGUCUGUCACCGGCUACCAGCAUGGCCAGCCACAAUCGGACUCAAACAUCUACGAGACUCAGCGCCUCACGGCCGACCUAGAGGAGAGACCGCAGACAGCACAUAGGAUCGAAAGUGUGCGGGAUAUACCGGAGGCAAGAACGCCACCACCGCGCACAUACAAUACGUCAACUCCUGAGUCGUUCGCCCGCGCAAAAAGCGAGAUGCAGCGCAAGCAAAUCGCAGAAAGUCUUAUUCAACAAGCUCCGGACGACGUCAGGUCAGACAUUGCCGUGAUCGAUCCAACCGAAGUACCUUGCCCUCUCUCGCCCGAUGACGAGCGAUUUGGCACGCCGCCACCUCCAUCUCGUGAGGACACGAUGGAGACUGAAAAGUCCUCCCGCUCGACAUCCAUCGGUGGCCUGGCUUCUCCUAUUACGAAUCCCAGCGAAAUAGCCAGUCCCGUCUCCGGUGCCAGCUCGGUAUCCGAUGCUGAGCCCGUGGAGCCUGCUGUUAUCAACAAGCCUGGUUUACUCGAAACGACAGAUUCCCUGACACCUCCAGCAUACCUUAAGGAGCCCAUGGCCGGAUUUCCAUUGGAACAAUUCGAGCAACAAGGACGAUUCGAGACACACAAUGCGUCAUUUAAUGCCGGCCCGAUCCCGCUUCGCAUCACACGCAGCCCAGUCUACAGAAGCCCGCCUCUCAUCCACCACAGUCCCGAUAUGCGUCCACAAGAGGACGAUGAUGACGAUAGUGAUAGUGAUGAGGGUCUUUUGAUGGCGAAGACCAAGAAGAAAUCUACAACCAAUACUCACGUCGAACGAAUACCUUUCGGGGCAAGGCGACGUGACACAAAUGCGAGCAUUGCUAGUACAGAGACAGCCAAGAAAGUUGCCAUUGGCGAAGAGGUCAUCACCUGCGCCGACUGA